AUGGGCUCCGAAAUGGAUACCUUUGCGGCCCGCCUGGCCAGUUUUGACAUCGUUUUAAAGCCGGAGAAGCGCAGAUCUUCCGGCACAAAAACACAGAAGGCAAUCACAUGGCCGCACCAGCGACCUUCGCCAGCUGAGUUGGCGCACGCCGGAUUCUACUACAAACCAUACGAAACGAAUCCUGAUAACACAACCUGUUUCGAGUGCCACCGGGCGCUGGAUGGCUGGGAGGAAGAUGACAACCCCAUCACAGAGCAUCUUAAACAUGCGCCCGAUUGCGGGUGGGCCAUCUUGAUGGACAUCCAGCAAAACAGCUCGAACCCCGCCUCGAUUGAAGACCCAACAGGCGAUCGUAUCACGCAAGCACGGCAAUCAACCUUUGGUGAAGCGUGGCCACACGAUGGAAAACGGGGUUGGGUGUGUCAGUCAGAGAAGAUGGUUGAAGGAGGUUGGUAUUUCUGCCCAACAGACGAGAGCGAUGAUCUGGCCAGCUGCGCCUACUGCAAGUUGUCUCUGGAUGGGUGGGAGCCAAAGGAUGAUCCAUUUGAUGAACACUACCGCCGCUCAUCAGAUUGUUCCUUCUUUGUCUUCGCGCAACCUCCAGGCAAGAAGGGCAAAGGCUCGAAGGCCAAGAAGCCUCGUGUUUCUAAGGCCUCUUCUCGACUUUCUACGCAAUCCGUCACAUCAGAAGCCCCCGAAAUGGAUAUGGACGACUCGAUGGACCAGAGUAUCAUGUCUCAAUCUACCACGAAAUCGAAAUCCACCAAGAAAGCAACUAAAGGCAAAUCAAAGGCCAGCAAGAGCAAAAAGGAAGAGCCCACGGAGACGGAAAGCCAGGCUGGAGUUGAUGAAGAACUUGCACAGCCAGAGUCCUCAAAGCCCAAGCGUGCCGGCAGAGGAAAGAAGCGAGCCAGCGAAGAUAUAAAGGACGAGCCAGACCUUAUCGCUCAAGAAGAGAAAGAAAAAUCACAGCCGCCUGUGGAGCCUCCUGCGAAGAGACGGGCCACGAAAACCCGGAGUAGUAGCGUGGCUCGUAAAUACGACUAUGAGCACGAUGAUUCGGUCAUGGCAGAUGCAGAGCCUGUGGGUGAUGCUGCUUCCGACGAAGAGCCAAAACGAGGCCGAAAGCCCACGAAAAAGUCCUCGAAGUCACGCAAGGAAUCUGAUGUGCCUGUCGCAUCGAAAGCUCCCUCAAAGGCACGGACACCGCGGGACUCAGAGAUUGAGGCACAGAUUGAAGCAGGAUUGGAAGAGGAUUCUCCUGAGCCUGUGGAGCCUGAGCAGACGAAGCCAUCGAAGAAGACCAAGUCAACCAAAAAGUCGAAAGCUGUGGAGAAAACCCCUGAGCCGGCUCAAGAUGAGCCAGAGGGAGAUGACGAAGCACCUUCGAGCUUUGAUGAUGUCGAAUCCAUCGGUGAGCCGGUUGAUGAGCCGAUUGAAGACGAACAUCCAGUGCCUGAGCCGCCAGCUCCAAAGGCGAAGGCUACAAAGGGGUCCAAGAAGAAGGGCACGAAGAAGGCAAAAUCCCAAGAAACUGUUGAAGCACAAUCACCGGAGCCUCGUCCGUCAUCCCAUGCCGUGACCGAUGAUGAAGACCACCCCGAACAUCAAGAGUCGCUCGUUUCUGUCGAAAUUAUCAACAAGAAGCCCGAACCUAAGCCCCAAGCCGAAGAAAAAUCAAGCAAGGCUGAGAAGAAGAGCUCCAAGAAAAAGGAUGCUUCUACCAAAGAGAAGAAGUCCAAGAAAUCAGAAAAGAAGGCGGAGCAAGCUCCACCUCCUCAAUCGCCAGCGCAGGAGCAUCCUGAUAUCGAAUCGCCAGUGGAUGAACAGGAUGAUGAGUUCGACGACGCAGAUGACCUGCCCGACCAGCUUGAGCUGGUCAAAGCACCCCAAGAACCCUCCCCGGCUCCCCAGGAGCCCUCGCCUGAACCACAGUCAUCGCAUCGCAAGACACCGAGCUUGCCAGCUAAAACCACUAAGCGAUACAGCGAUAUCCCGAAGGAAGAACAUCUUGCAGAGACUUUGGUCAGCCAAAGCUCCCCCCACGAAGUGCGCGAGUCUCGACGAACCUCAAAACGAUCCAACCAGGCAGUCUCCCCGCCUCCCCAUCAAAGCACACCUUCGCUCUCUCCUCAAUCGUCGGAUGCUGAAAAUCGGCCUCCGUCUUCAAGACCUUCAUCAUCACGACCUCCCAUUCAUUCCACGCCCAAGCAUCCUGAAUUCCGUGCUGCUCUUACGGCCAGCACCCCAUCGCCAUCUAAACGCAACCCCAAUGCUGGGUUUGGACCUUCAGGUCAUCCAUGGACCCCGGUGGACAUUGAUGAGGCGCUCUAUGGAGAUGCCAGCGAUAAGGAGAACGCCGAUCUAUCUGGCCUGCUCAAGGGCGUGAAAGGCGGAUUGACCAGCCCAGAAAAGAAAAUGACUGUUCAAGAAUGGAUCUCAUGGAAUGCAAAGAACAGCGAAGACCGAUUGAAGCGAGAAUGUGAACGACUCGUCGGCCAAUUUGAGAAGGAGGGUGGUCGCGCACUCCAGCGACUCGAGGCAAUUGAAUGCAUUGACUAA